AUGUGGCCCCUCUGCUUCAUCUCUGACAAGCUGUUCAAGGUGGCCGGAGACGACUGCGGCGAGGGCCCCGGUGCGGCGCUGCCCCCCGGCAGCCAAAUUCCACUCGCACGCCGGUCCUACCGCGUCGAUGUUCCGCAUGUGCAGCAGGCAUUCACCUGGGACUGCGGCCUCGCUUGCGUGCUCAUGGUGCUCAGGACGCUAGGGGUUGAUUGCUGCGACGGCAUUGCCGAUCUCGGGAAGCUCUGCCACACCACAAGCAUUUGGACAGUCGACUUGGCAUAUCUAUUACACAAGUUUCGAGUUAGUUUUUCGUUCUUUACUGUGACUAUUGGGGCGAAUCCUCAAUAUUCUGCAGAAACCUUUUAUAGAGAGCAAUUGCAAGAAGACAUCGAUAGAGUGGACGAACUAUUUGGAAAAGCAGUUGAUGCUGGAAUCAGUAUUCAAUGCAGAUCCAUCAGUGCGUAUGAUAUUGCUUUUCUACUGUUAUCCGGGCACUGCAUCGCCAUUGCGCUAGUGGACAAAUCAAAGUUAAUUUCCUCUUGGAUGAAUGAUGUGCAUGACGUGCAACAGUUCAACGAGGACUCAGAUUACAUGGGGCAUUAUGUUGUCAUAUGUGGCUAUGAUGCUGAUGCUUGCGAAUUUGAGAUAAGGGAUCCGGCCAGUUCUAGGAAGCGUGAAAUGGUGCCCAUGAAGAGCUUAGAAGAAGCCCGCAAAUCCUUUGGAACUGAUGAGGAUAUUCUUUUGGUCUCCUUAACUGGAAAAAACGGGAUGAAGCUAUCGCGCAAACUUCCAGACAGCUCUCUGUAAACUGCUCACAAGCCUCCAGUCUCCUUGUGUAUACGCUUUACAUGCCCGUGUAGUUACGCUUACCAUUUGUCAAGUCAGGUAUGUAGUGUGUAGUGUGAGAGCAUUCUUGCAACCGAUAGGAACAGUUUCCUAGUGAAGUUAGAUAGACGAAAUUAGUAAGGCUUAUAGGUCGACGGGGGCUCACCCACACUGGAGCUACAAAGGGAGCAGCAGCAGCCGCAGCAACUCUGCUCAGCAAGAGCUGCUUUUGUACACAGAAACUGCCUCUGCCCCCAGCGAUCAUAGCUGGACAGAGACGUCGCAUAUGUACAGAUAUCCAUGAAUAAAUGGUGACCAAGUCAUAUACACACUGUAUCUUCUUCAAA